AUGGUAUGCGCAACUUGCAGUACGAUAUUUUCCGGCGAUCGGCCACCCCUCGUAUCCACUCCCUCGUCAAAUAUAGACGAUAUCAUCCGUCCUCUUCAUUCAGAUAUCUCAAAUCUUUGUGAUGGCGCGAUAGAUGGUUGUCAAUUGUGUGAUAUCAUCUGGAGACAUUUUUUCAGGGAUAAAACGCCAGAGGAGUAUAGACAGUAUCCGUUGUUUUUGAGAGAUGGCGGGGUGCAUUUGGUUAGAAAUGGGACGAGGUACAGGCUCAAGAAAUUGGAUGAUGAGUUGGUGGGAGGUGGAGGGGGUGAUGGGAAUCAAGAGGACGGGGAUGGUGAUGGGGGAUUUGAGAUUAUGGUGGAGUUGAACGCGCAGAUGGAUAAAGAGGUGCCCAGAUGGAAAACUAUCAAUAUGUCGGUCUUAGAUGCGGAGGAAUGUCUUGCACCACUCCGGGAAUUACCCAAACCGGAUCUCAGUAUCUUUUCUGACAAUACCUGGACAACCAUGCUCCAAUGGGCCAAUGAUUGUAUUGAAAACCAUCCUAAAUGUAACCCCACGACCCAGGACGCUCCAUGGUAUCCUACGCGAUUAAUCGACGUAGAGUAUCUCACCAGUCCUGACCCAGUAGCGCAAUUAACAGCUCUGAUGUUCAACCUGUCAACUGGUCAUUUUCCCGCAAAUUGCAGAUUAAUAGAGACAAAAGAUACACCACCCAAAGACUCCUCUUAUCUCACACUUAGCCACCGCUGGCCCGCUCAAGGAGCAAUCAGUGCGCGACUUGAAAAAUCCAACAUCGAAGAAAUGAAAGAUUUCAUCUCCCACGAUAUCCUACCCCCCAGAUUCCAAGAUGCGAUUCUAGUCGCGCGACGUCUGAACGUGCGCUACAUCUGGAUCGACUCCCUCUGCAUCAUCCAAGAUUGUUCCGAAGAUUGGGGCGAAGAAGCGCAAACAAUGGGUGACGUAUACGCGCAUUCUCUCCUCAAUCUCUCCGGUACCGCCGCCAUCGAUACAUUAAUUCCCGUGCGCAAUCCAGAGCUUAUCCAACCCUGUGUCGUGAGGUCUACUUGGAACAACGCCCCAAAUCACGAAUUCGUCAUCACCGAUUUCCAAUUCUGGAAAGAUAGAAUCUAUAGUUCUCCGUGUAAUAAACGGGCUUGGAUAACGCAGGAGCGAUGGCUCAGUCCGCGAAUACUGCAUUUUACGUUCGAUCAGAUGGUUUGGGAAUGCAGGACACAUGAAGCUUCGGAGACGUUUCCGUUAGGAUUGCCUAAACAGGUGAGGUUGAAUAAACACACGGGAUUUAAAUUUCCUGGGAAUUCUCGAAUUUUUGGCCGUCAGCAGGAUAAGAAAGAAGAAGAAGAAGGAAGUAAGUAUAUACAAGAUUGGUACCGCGUUCUCGAAACCUACGGCCGCUCCGAAGUGACCUUCGAGAAAGACCGCCUCGUAGCCCUCGCAGGCGUAGCCCAGAAAUUCUCCUCCCUCCUCCAAGACACCUUCCUCGCCGGACUCUGGCAGAGUCACCUCCCGGGCACUCUCCUCUGGGGCGUGCACAAAGGCCUCCGCUCCAACCAUCCCUUCCCACUCCCCAGCCUCACAGCCCGCGAUCUCGUCGGAAACACCCCCACAUACCACAUCACCGAAUCCAGUCGACUCGCCUCUUACGAAGCUCCCUCCUGGUCCUGGGCUUCUGUAUCCGGGGACAUUGAGCCUGGAUUACCUAUCCCCCUCUCAAGCAAAGAUUCUAUGAUCGAGCUCCGCACCGCGCAGAUAAAUCCACUCGAUCCCACUCUCCCAUUUGGAAGAAUCCACUCCGCGCAUUUGAUUCUGCGCGGAAUUCUCUAUCCCCUUUCGAUGGAUCCUCCCGAUUGGCCUGCCAAUAUUCCGACUUGGAAACGCGAAGAGCCAACCAUUUAUAUUUCCGGGCAACCGAAGAAGAAAGUCGAGAUAUACAAUGGGACAUUUGUGGAGAAGUACAGUCAUGUGGUGCAUAUACGACCUGAUCAACCAGAAGAGUAUAGCGAUAUCGCACGUGCGUGUUUUUUGCCGAUUGCAAGAGCGAUGUUUGAGAGAGAGGGACAUGAGAUGGAUGGGUUGAAGUUGGUGUAUGGAUUGUGUGUUUUGAGUACGGGGAAACGGGGGGAGUAUAGGAGAUUGGGAAGGGUGGAUUUUAGUGAAGAGCAGUGCGAUUUGUUUGAAAGGGGACUUGAAAAUUUGAGAGGAGGAAAAGGGAAUGAAGGGACCGAAUUCGAGAUGGAUGAGAAGGAUUUGUAUUUGCAUGAAGAGAUUGGUAUUUUUAAGCUCAUAUAG